AUGCGCUGGCGGUCUAGUGGUGUCGGAGACUCUGCAGCAGCAGCUAGUAGCAGCUUAGAGGAAAAAGAUGGCGCACAACGCAUCUCGGCGAACUCAGCCCUUUCCUCCAGCAUGGAAAAUGAUGAACCAGACUCUUCGACCUCUUCCUUAACGAGGACACACGCAUCGGCAAGUGUGGAUAAUAGUCAACAAUCUCAUGAAUCGUCUGCCGAUUCAGCUGCAGAUCUUGGAGAUCCUCCCUAUCGGUCGAAGCAGCGGUCCCUCCAACAGUCUUUAGAGAGCGGAGAUGAUGAUGAUGAUGAUGACGAUAGUUCGCAAGCUCAACAAAGUAUCCAGAGCGACUCAAAGGAACCCCAACUUGUAGACGAUGAUGACGGCUCAGAUCACGAAAUACCUUGGAAGCCACAGGCAACACAAUCUACUUGCGAGUUCACUCAUACCAUCGCGAAUUAUAGUCAGAAGCGAGAAUCAGGUUGCAAGAAAGCAGAGUACUCUUCAACAACAGUAGACGAAUUUGGCAACCGCUGGAGAUUGAUUGUUUACGUCAAUGGAAAUGGACGAGCGUCGAAUCAUCACCUCAGUCUUUUCUUGCAGGUUGCGGAUGCUGACGACUUGCCGUUUGGUUGGAAGAAAGCUGUAUCAUACGUCUUGACAUUGGAGCAUCCUAGUGGUUCCAAUCUAUCAUAUGCUAAGAGAAACCCUGAUAAGACAUUCAAAUUGUGCCCCAAGGCUAUCGAUUGGGGAUGGUCACAGUUCAUUACAUCUGAUCGCAUUCAACAGGAGGGAUUUGUGCAGGACGAUUCCCUUAUUGUUAGGGCCUCAGUCACAGUUAAGAGUUCUUCGGUUUCGAUUGACUUGGAGGAUGCGGAACUUUACCUAAAGUGUGCAGUAGAGGAAGGAAAGCCUGAUGCAGUACAACUUUGUUUGGAUCAAGGUGCUUCUGUAAAUUGCCAAUUCAAAGAUGACUUGUAUACACCCCUACAUACGGCUUGUAGCUCGUCGACUGCUGACGAUUCAUCUUCUGAGGGAAGCAAUGGAAAGAAUAAUGAGGACAAUGCUGGUAGCAUGCAGGUGCUCCAGCUUUUGCUAGAAAAAGGUGCCGAUGGCAACGCAUGCAACAAGUGGCGAGAGACACCCUUACUAAUCGCGGCAAAUAAUGGGCAUAGAACAGCUGUCGAAGCUUUGCUGAAACAUGGAGCAGAUCCAUCUUUGUGCAGCGAAGCAGGUUGGUCGGCUUUGACGUUUGCAGCGCACAAGGGUUAUGACGACAUAGUUGCUCUUCUUUUGAAGGCUGGUGCUCCAGUCAACUGUCGUGUCACCGAAGACUCUUCUACUCCACUUCACAAGGCUUGUGCGGGGUCGAAGGAUGGUCAUCUCACUGCCGUCAAGCUUCUUUUAGAUAAUGGGGCGGAUGUCCAUGCUCUCAACAAAUGGCGCGAAACCCCGCUGCUCACGGCUGCUAACCACGGACAAGCUGGUGCAGUCGAGGCUUUGCUCAAUGCGGAUGCUGAUCCUUGCAAAUGCACAGACACCGGAUGGUCCCCCCUUAGCAUUGCUGCCUACAAGGGUCACGAUGAUGUCGUGAAGCUACUCCUCGAAGUCGGCGAGGCUCCUACCGAAGAAGAGGAUCCCACGCUCAGCGCUUUGCUUCAAGCUGCAACCAAGGGGUUACCAGGUACCGUCAAGCUCCUAUUGCAUCAUGGAGCUGACCACACAGUCACAACCAAGAAAGGAGACACAGCCCUCAGUAUCUUAGUGGAACAAAAUCUCAUUGAUGCUGCAGUGGACAUGGUGACCGAAUAUAAAGCUAGUGUGCCUCGUUGCUCUCGCGACAGGAAGAAGGUUCAACGCGCUCGUCUACUAAUCAAUCUGCGUGUCAAGCAGCAGCAGCGUGAAGGCAAGAAUAUUGGGCUUGACGAAGAAGACGAAACCGACGAAGAAGAAAUGACCGAAUCCAAUACAGCCCAACAUGACGAUGAUUUCGGCGAAGAAAAGCUAUCCUCAGGCUCAAGCCAGAAAAACAAGAAGAAAAAGAAAAAGAAGAAAAUGUCUGCUGAACAGCAAGCAAAAGCAGCCGAAGAGGCAUUGUUGUUGGAGCUAGAACAAGAGGAUGCCAAGAAGCAUGAAGAAGAACAGCAAGCAAACAAAAAGUCCGCCAAGAAACGAAAGAAGAAGGAGCGUGAACGUCUACUAAAAAAAGAGCAAGAAGAAAAACGUCUUGCUGAAGAACGUCAGAAAGCCGAAAAGCUUCGAAAGGAAAGGGAGAGGAAAGAAGCUUCCGAAAGAGCCGAACGUGAGCGACUCGCUGCGAUCCAACGCAAGAAGGAAGAAGAGGAGGCGAAGCGCCGAGCUGUAUCCUUGAGAAAGAAGGAAGAGGAAGAGCGUUUGAAAGCGGCUCAGGAGCGUAAAACAAACAAUGGUGCUGGAAAGGAAAUCAAAGCCAAGGCAGCCAAACAACAAUCGAACCAGCCACUAUCUCAGCCUGCGGGCCAACGAGCCGCACUGCCAACCGCUGCACGUACAGCGGUGAUUACCAAUCAGAGCCUUUCAGUUGCUUCAAGCAAAGCGCAAACCGCUCAGAAGCCGAGUGGAAAGAAUCGUGGUUGGGAGACCAAGCUAAUGAAGCAGCCACAGGAGAUCAAACAGCCCCAGACGAGUCAGGGCGCACCGAAUACGUCCGAGUUCCCGCCGAAGCAUGUAAACGGUAACAAGAACAACACUUCUGGCGUUAUUGGAACAUCUUCACAGGCGCCCACUGCGGCACCUGCUUUCUCGACUACAAACGACUUUCCUACUUUGAUUGGUUCACAAACACCCAUCCAAAGUUCGUUUCCAUCCAGUACUCCAGCCCAGGGCACCGGUCAGACUAAGCCUCAAUUCAAUCCUCAGCACAUGGAGCAUCCAGCCGUCUCUCUCUUCCGUCGUGACAAGCUGAAUGAGCUGUUCCAGAGAUGUGCUAUGGCGCGAGCAGCAUCAGAUCCUCUCAGUGCAGUAAGCGAAGAAUCAAUCAAGAAAGUUGUCUAUCGCUGGAUUGUUAGGGCUGCACACCAAUCGUCCCCUUAUGCUGACUGUAUGAUCCCAAGUUGGGUCGACGCUACAGAGCUAACAGCUUUUUUUCAGCGUCAGUUCAUUUCUGAGGGCAGAAAGAAUUCUUCGCACGGGGUUGCAAUUGUUGGAAUGGAGGCCCUAAAGGAGGCAGGAACCGCGUUGUCGAUCCUGUGUCAAAACCUUGUGAAGGAGUUGACAUCUUUCCAGCAGCAAUUGGAUGAUCAGUUGCGCAAGGAUUGGACUGACUCUACCGUCGGCAUGAACGCAUCUGACUUCAUGCAAAAUGGAAGUGGUUCGAUGGUUGUUGUCGACUGGGCAAACCGAGCCCAAAUCUACCUACCUUCGUUGCAGUUCAGCAAGAUUCGAGAACGCUAUGCUGGCACUGCAUCGCGAUUUUUGACAGCUCUGUUCGUCACAAAGAUGCGCUACGAUACGAAGAGCUUGAUUUUCGCUGAAACUUCCAUGGAUUUCAGAUUACCACCUGAAACGCAAUCUGUCUUGGCUUCAAAGGGCUCUGUCUCCGCAGAAGUGUGGUCGGACCCUUUCAGCUCCCUCAGCACAAAUCUGUUCUGGGGUCAAUUUAUGGAUGUGGAUCACCAUUUUGGUGGUUUGAAGCCUUUUGGCUCUGGAGACAUCAAUGAUGACAUUCUCUCCCGUCGUGGUGGAUCUGUCUCCGUCAUGCCACCUCUCGACAGCAUGGUUACAUCCCUCUACCUGCGACGCAUGAUAGACUUGAUGGUCGCUAAUGACUCGGUUCCUUUGUCAUUUGCAAUCUUCCUUCGGGCAGAAUGCCUCCUUGAUUCUAAUGGAAUCCCAACACUAGAUGAUCUUUAUGGAUUGGAUCCUCGUCUGCGCGACAACAAUACUGUUGUUCGUCGAUUCGAACAACUCGCCGCUGGAAAGCACUAUUACUACAGCGGAAAGAACAGUUCUCUUGAGGUCAGUCUUUCAGGUAGUGCAUUCGUUCUCCUACAAAAUGAUGCAGGGAGGGCAACGUACGGUGAUGCUUCUACUGCUGAAGUCAUUCGAUCAUUGGGUGGAGCAUCGAGCAUGGCUCAAAGUCAGCCCUCGUUGUUGCCAUCAAAUCCUUUCUCAAGUGACAACCUUCUUGCUUCAGACAAGACUAGCAUAGGCGCCUCUGGAAGUUUCUUCGACGUGCGUCCGGCUCCUGUGUCUCCAAUUGCGCCACAGACCAUGAACUCAGAUUUUGGUCCGGUCGGUGGGUCGAACAUUACGAACAACCCUUUCGCGAUUGGUAACACAGAUCAGCGGCGUUCCGCACCACGCCGGGGUCGACUUUUUGAUUUGGUCGACGAUGGCGAUGAAGAUGCUUUGAAUGAUGUUGAUGUCGUAUCAGGCAUGUUGGAGAACUUGAACAUGGAUCUCUUCCAGAACCCAGUGGGUUCAAAUGCACAAGACAUUGAUAUUGAAGCAAUCAGUUUGAUGGGUAUCGGCGCCCCUCCCUCUACAAACGGCCUUCAGCCGAGAAAUAAUCGUGGACAAUUCAGAUAG